GGGGGUGUACACAAUCAAGAGAAAAGCACGACUUUCACUCGUCUGAGGUUCGAAAUCCCUUCGAGAUAUCGCCGGACAGAAAAAGAGCCAUGCGACAGGGGGCGCUUAUCACACUCCUCAGCCUCGUUCUGGGAGCGCAGGCGGCUUGGGACACGAGCAUCUGUUCGCCAGUGCCGCAAGGGAAUCCAACGUCAGGACCGCCGCUACCGACCGUCCCAGACCGCUACGAGACGCACGUGGAGUGUAACUUCGUCCAACAGAAACGGACCAUCGUGUCGGCGGAGUAUUAUGACGGUCCUGGGAACAGAGGAACAAUCAUGAUGUCUGAGCCAGGACAGGUUGAGUUGAACGCCAUCUAUAAUUAUCAGACAGGGCAGAUCCUGUUUUACACCCCGUUCCAGAAUGGGUACGCCUGUCAAGUGGCCGAUCCAGCCACAAGCCCACAGAAGUUUCUUUUCCCCUACACAACAGUGAACGGGACCAAGUACUUAGCCUCUGCUGCCAUGGUCCUGAAUUUCGACAACACCAAGACGCCGUUCAUAUACGUCGGAAAAGAAACGAUUCGCGGUAUUCCCGUUCAUCACUGGAAGACUUGUGCCUACUGGCGAGGAAUAGAGGCCACCAUGAAUCUCGAUUGGUAUUGGUCAGACAACACGAUGUGGAAUUCUCCCGGUACGAAUCAAUCUAUCCCAAUACGGGCCGUCGCUGUGGGCAAAAUCAGUACACCAGGGGCACCCAGCCGCACAUUCGACCAUCGGUAUGACUUCAUCCAUUUCUUGCCGAACGCAGUCCGACCAGAAACGACAUUUGAGACGCCCCCAGGUACCAUCUGCAAGAACCAACUCAGCACCAAGGCGAUCCCAAACAUCGCGCAACAUUUCAAGUUCAACAUGGAAAUCACGCAACCAGAGACGAAACUAACUCUAUACACAAAAGAAUGGUAUGACUACAAGGCUCGCCUCGUCCGCCUGGAUAGAAAGCCAGUCUCCAUCGGCGGUGGCAAUCAGAACACGAUCACCGAAAUUCACGACUUCAAUACGGGUGUCAUGUACACGACAGACCAGGUACUCGGCAACUGCUCCUACAAACCCAUACCUAAGGUCAACGAAAUUACGUCAGAGGUCCUCGCCGACGGCGCGAACGUGAGGAUCCGAAACCCCCUCGAAUUCCUCCAGCUAGACAAGUACCCGUACACCUACACGGGCACGCGCACAAUCCGCGGCGUGACCUGUGACGUAUGGAUAACCCAGCGCAAUGAUUGGCCACAGGGAGCAACAAACAACUUCACGUCAACAUGGGAAUGGUACUUCUCGACCUCUGAUUGGGUGACGGCUUCAGGGCAGGUGUUCGAGCGCGGGGAGCCAAUGAUGUUGGAACUGACGGCUCCGAAGUUCGGCAUCCAUUUUAUUUAUAAUGUUUUUGAUUUUAAUGAGCAGCAGCCGGAUCUGUGGAACUAUGAUAUCUCGCAGUGCUAUACCUAUUUGGACAGACGCCACUUCCAGUUCGCACUGCCUGGUAACUUCAAAGGAAUUGUUGAUGUCAACAAGAAAUUGUUUCGUUACUUCGUCCUUCUGUCCGUCACUGCUACAGCCCAUGUCUCCGUCCUCAGGGUCAACAAUAUCCAGGUCGAUUUUGACGAAAAUGAUAUCUUGGUGACCUUUACCCUUUUGGACAGAGCACCAAUUUCUGGUGAUGUGCCGAUGGUCGUCCAAGAAGUCCCCCUAGAUACCGCCAGCAAACUCAUCACGGACAACAUCAAUGCCGGUACCUUCAAAGUCAACAUGUUCGUGGACACAAACCAAGAUCCCGUCACCUUGACCGCUAAGCCAUAUUCAGUGAAGGAAGUCAUCAGAGAGGUGGUGACGGGAGCAUCGACUGGAUAUUCUGUUGGUAUCAUGGUGGCGGUUGCCUUGGCAAUGUUGUUGGUCGGCUUUGCAAUAGGUGCCGGCAUUUUGUUUGGCGUCUACAAGAUGAGAGGUGGGACCUUCGCGCCAGGAGCAUCACUCUUUAAGAACGAGGGCGAGGCCUAAGAUAUAUUAGUACCGAUUUCAACACCAGGGGAUUUCGAGACAAUUCACCAAUUGCUAUUUGGCAAAUUUGUUGGGGGAGGGGGAUGGCCAUUUGGCAAAGAAGCACACGUCAAUUCCAGUAUUUGUAUAUAAUAGUUCUUGAUCUAUUCGCCUGAAGAAGUCACUGAUCUGUAUUUGCAGACGAUUUCAUAUCUGUAUACGAUACAUGUAUAUGCUUACAUUAAUAAAAACC